AUGCGUGAAUGGCUAUGGCAUCCAAACCUUUUGACACCGAACCGCCCUGAUAUCAACGAUUACAAAGUGUUUCCAUGUGUCAAAUGCAACGCUUUUUGCGUCUACAAAUGGCUGUCAAUCCUUCUCGCCGUUUGGUUGGGAGUUGCGGUGUUGGUGUUUGUCGUCGGCUUCAUUCUUGGAUAUCAUUGGCUGCAUCUCAGCGCUGUCGCUGGACUAGAUCCGCUCGAAAUGGUUCUCUUCGCUAUCAUUUUGUUCUUCUCAUACAAAGCGAUCAAGACAUUGUUGCCGAUUCAUGCUCAAGCCCUCUUUAUUGUCUAUGAGAUCGAAGAUCUGUGGGCUUUCGUGAAACGAAUUUUCGUGAUCUUGAUUGUAUCUUCGUCCGAUAAAGAGCCGGAAACUCGUAAUGCCGCAAUCUAUUGGACGAUCUUUGAAAUUGUGUGCCUCGGGAUCGGCGCAAUUUGGGGAUUGUACCUUCUCUACACAUUUUACAAGUACUUGAGAGAUCUCCAGUUGUUCAAGGAGCAAAACAAAGCUGGAGAGGAUCCCGGAGAGGCGACAACUAUGAAUGCAAUUGAAACUGCU